GUCACUCGUGAGUAACUCCCAGUACGCCAGUAGGCGCCACAGUGCAUGGAACUUGCGCACAACUAAAAUCUAUAUUAAAAUGGAGGAGAAGAGUCGAGUUUCGGAACAGGAGUCUGAAAAGGACGAGAUUAUCGAAAAGGAUGCCAAAAGCAUGAGUUCGAAGAAACGUAACCGUAAGAAAAAUCAGGCUGCAAAUUCCGCGGCUGAAAAUCAUGAAGAAAAGGAACACGCAGAGGAAACAGAAAUGCCGGGGGCCUGCAAUAUUUCGAUAAAAGACAUUCAAAUGGCGAUGGAAGUUUUCAAUAUGCAGCAAAAACCUGCCAAGACCCAGGAAGAGGCUAUGCAGAAAGCUUAUCAAUUCUGGAGCACCCAGCCGGUGCCAAAAAUGGAUGAAAAGAUCGUUCGUAAUGAGCCCAUUGAACCUGACAAGAAUACUGUCAGAGCGGAACCUUACAGCUUACCUGAUGGUUUUCAAUGGGACACAUUAAAUUUAGACGAUCCACUUGUCUUAGCAGAAUUAUAUUCUCUGCUCUCCGAGAACUAUGUCGAAGAUGACGAUGCAAUGUUUAGGUUUGACUAUCCACCAAAUUUCCUCAAGUGGGCUCUACAACCACCAGGUUGGUUCAAAGAGUGGCACUGUGGCGUUCGUGUUACCAAGAGUGGUCGAUUGGUUGGUUUUAUCUCAGCUAUUCCUGCUACUCUCCGUGUCUAUAAUCACACCCAGAAAAUGGUGGAAAUUAAUUUCCUUUGCGUGCACAAGAAGCUCAGGUCAAAAAGAGUGGCUCCAGUGCUGAUUCGUGAAAUUACAAGGAGGGUGAACCUCAAGGGGAUCUUCCAAGCUGUGUACACCGCUGGCGUUGUACUGCCAAAACCUAUAGCAACCUGCAGGUAUUGGCAUCGAUCUUUGAAUCCCAAGAAGCUGAUUGAGGUCAAGUUCUCUCAUUUAUCACGCAACAUGACGAUGCAAAGGACUCUCAAAUUGUAUAAACUUCCGGAGAAUACGAAGGUGCCUGGAUUUCGGAAAAUGGUCCAUACGGAUGUGUCACAAGCUCACAAAAUUCUUAAGGACUAUUUAGAGAAAUUCGACUUGGCACCAUCCUUCUCCGUAGAAGAAUUCCAGCAUUGGUUCCUGCCGCAAAAUGGAAUUAUUAACAGCUUCGUAGUUGAAAACAAUGGUAAAGUUACUGAUAUGGUGAGCUACUACACAUUGCCAAGUUCGGUGAUGCAUCACCAAACGCACAAGACUCUCAAAGCUGCGUAUAGCUUUUACAAUGUCUCCACUGUGACACCGUGGCUUGAAUUGAUUACCGAUGCUCUCAUCUCGGCGCGCAAUCUUGGCUUUGAUGUCUUCAAUGCACUGGACCUUAUGGACAACAAAGAGUUCCUGGAGCCAUUAAAGUUUGGCAUCGGUGAUGGAAAUCUUCAGUACUACUUGUACAAUUGGCGUUGUCCCAGUAUGACACCUAGCAAGAUUGGCCUGGUAUUGCAAUAGGAAGAUCUCUUGCAAAAAGAUUUUAGAGGAUUAUUUACAAAAGGCGAAGUGAAUGACAGAAUUAAAAAGAUACAGCAGAAGAGUAACGUAUGUAAUUGGGAGGGAACGAAUAGUGUCAAUGAAAAACGCGAUCAAAUGAACAAUCCGCAAUGACGACACUAAACUGAGAAGAAGAAAAAGCAAGGAGAAGAAAUGAGGAUUAAUUAACAAGGAUCAUUGUCGACGUGCCGAAAGCAAUGGAGUUUAAAUUUAGCUCGACUAAAAAUGUAUACGUUACACUGUACAUUGGAAGCAAAUUGAACACUCUGUAGAUAUAUGACGGAUAAUAUAAAAGAAAAAAAUUCCCGCGAGAAUUGAACGCGAUAUGUAGGAAAAUUGUCAUAACUUGAUAAACCGUACCUUUUUUUACAGAGGUGGCACUAUGACGGUAAGUCUCUUUCAAUUUCAGAUGUUCCAUUCCUCUUGUAUCCCAACGAAUUAGUGUAGAGAUACAGGGGUUUGCAUCUACGGAAAAAAUCUAGGAAGAGUGAAUGUUGCAAAAAAUAACAAUGCAGAGAAUGAGUGCGAUUAAGAGAAUAUUUACGAAAAUUGAACAAGAAAAUGAAUUAUGAAAGUAAAAGUUGAAAAUAAAAGAAGGUACGUCGAAA